AUGAACAAACAUGUCACAAUCAAGCCAUCAAAAGACAAAGAAAAAAACUCCAGAAACCAAAAAGCAACAACAGAGAGGGAAUUCAUCCCAGACAAGGAAUUCUCAGUGAAGUUAAGAGUUGAUUUGUCAUCAGAAACCAUGAAGGCUAAAAGGCAGGGGGAUGACAUAGUGGAGAAAGUACAGGCUGGACAGUGGGCUAAUAUAUGUGCAGGGAAGUCUUCCAAUGUGAUCAGGACAUGCGACGACCAUGGCUGUGGCCAGUAUGCUGCUCAAAGAAAUCACAAGCCUCAUCAGGGUGUGGAUGUCCUGUGCUCCGAUGGAGCUACUGUGUAUGCACCUUUCACUGGAAGGAUUGUGGGGCAAGAAAAACCUUACAAAAAUAAAAAUAAAAAUGCUAUCAAUAAUGGUGUUCGGAUAUCUGGAGGAGGUUUCUGUAUUAAAAUGUUCUACAUUAAGCCAAUUAAAUACAAAGGUUCUAUCAAAAAGGGAGAAAAACUGGGAAUGCUACUGCCCUUGCAGAAAGUUCAUCCUGGCAUACAAUCCCACAUACAUAUUGAAAACUGUGAUUUGAGUGAUCCUACAAGGUAUCUAUAAAUGGAAAUGAAUGACCAAAUCUUCUAAAU